UUAGGAGCUGGAGUGUGUUAUCCACUCUGGUUCAUCACUUUAGUGUUUUUAUAGUGUUUAACUCUGCUUUUAUAUGAAUACAUUUAAAUUUUAUUGAGGCUCAUAUGAUAUGAAAAAAAACAAUAGAAGUUAAAUAAAGGACUAGGUUUCAAUCAAGAAAGGACGGAAAUAUCCAUGGAAGAGCUUUGUGGAUAUGAAUAUCACUACAGACAGUAGCUGGAGAUGCAUAGUUGAGAAGAAGGUUGUUCUUUUGUCGGAUUGUUACACCGAACAAAUGUGGGAAGUGUUUUUGAUUUGACAUUUAAAACAUAUAUGUACUCUGUUGUGAAAUAGCUUAUGCGUAAGGUUGUUUACAAGGCGUGUUUAAAUCACUUGAAACAAUCUAUCAUAUGAAGCCUUUGGCAAAUCGCAAGUUAUGGAAUAUCUAAUAUGAUGAGUCCGGCAGGCUGCUGAUAAAGGCUUAGAUCUUCACACACCACGAGCAGAUACCAGAGUUUACCCAGCUAGAAGUCGUGGUCUUCGAUUGAUCUACAUUGGUGGUUACAGCUAACUCAAAAAUCACCAUGCCGGCGUCCGAGAUCAACCUGAAGGUGAAUAUGUCGUACGGCGACGAGUAUAUUCAAGAUGACGAUGCCAAGACCGCCAGGCUGAUGUUCAUAUUUUGGGGCGUUAUAGUACCCAUCAUAGGAGUCAUUGGGUUUAUUGGCAAUAUUCUGACAAUCGUUGUCCUAUUCCGGCGGGAAAUGAAGUCCACAACGGUGUACUUCCUACGAACCUUGGUGGUGACGGAUACGGGUAUCAUCGUGGGGUGUAUCCUUGGGCUCUCAAUCAUCUCCAUCACGCAGCUCAACCCCGAUAUGUGGCGCUUCACCGAUGUUGUCUAUCCCCACAUAUACACACCAAUCAACUACAUUGUUAUGACACUACAGUUUAUUAACGUUUGGGUGACAGUGGCAGUGUCUGUUGAACGCUACAUAGCAAUAUGUCACCCAUUCAGAGCAGUGAAAUUUUGCAACAAAAAGAACGCUUUCCUCGUGAUUGGAAUUAUUUCCUGUGUCGCGAUAUUUUACAACAUCCCGCGUUGUUUUGCGACCAUGGUAACACCUUGUGACGCAUGGCACCAGUGUUUUUCAAUUAUAACGACAACAUUUGGAAAGUCAGAGUUCUACGAGAAGUACUAUACUGUUUACUUCUAUCUGAUGUUAAUAUACAUCGUCCCCUUAGUGCUUCUUGGAAUAUUGAACACGUUACUAAUUUUAGAACUGAUGAGGAUGCGAAAAAGAAGAACUGUGGGCAAUAUACAGGAAAACAGUGAAACAAACAUGAGUAUCGUUCUUAUCCUCAUCGUUGUCGUGUUCAUUCUUUGCCAAACCCCUGGUCUUGUGGCCCAGUUCUGGUUUUUAGGGGAAUCGGUUUUGCUUCAGUGGCUUUGUGUAAGCAACACUCUGUUCGCAUUUAAUUCAUCUGUGAAUUUCCUUAUUUAUACAGCUGUUGGUAGAAAAUUCAGAAAAGUCUUGCUUAAAACAUUUCAAAUUCUCAUUAAAAGACCGGUUAAUGAAUUUAAGCUCUCAUACUCCCAAAAUGGAGGAACUGAAUUGACAAAGCUCGCCCCUAAGCCUGCUGCGUAUGAUUCUGAGGAAGUGUCUGAGGAGACAUGCAGUUUGAAAUGUAACAGAUAAUCCGAGCUUUCUCGUGAACUCACGAGACAAGGGUUUGGAACUUUGGAUUAUAACUUCCGGGAUCAAUGCCGUGCAAAAUUGUGAUAUUGUAGUUGACACUCUCAACACGACCGUGCCAAGAAAUCGAGCGGGAUUUGCUACAGACUGGGAAUGUACUUUGUGCUUUGCCAAAGACAUAUAAAAAACCGCGGACCAGGCGCAUAUGCCAAAAACUCAUA